CCCCCUGCAAAUCAUUCAUCACCCAUGUCAAACCUGCCGGUGCCCUCAGCUGUGUGACUAUUUGACUGUCAUUCCAAUGUGACCUGCGUCCGCCAUACCGUUAUGAUCAGACUGCACGGCUGCAAUAUCUCCAGACUGGGACGCGCGGGGCGCACGCUGCUUAUCAGAGGAGCGCCACACUUUCACCGUCCAGUGUAAAAGUCACUUUGAGCAACCCGGGGCCUGCAGCAAAGGCUCUCUUUAACAGACCCGAAAAUGGCUGAGGACAUUCAGAACAAACUGGAGAAGUACCGCACUGCUCCUUUCGACGCCAGGUUCCCCAACCAGAACCAGACCAGGAACUGCUGGUCCAACUACCUGGACUAUCACCGCUGCCAGAAAGCCCUAGACGCCAAAGGAGUCGACACCGCCCCUUGUGAAUGGUACAAGCGAGUCUACAAGUCACUCUGCCCCAUGUCCUGGGUCCAGAAAUGGGACGACCAGAAAGCAGAGGGAACCUUUCCAGGCAAAAUCUGAGCCUGCCUCUACAAAGCUGUUGGUCUGCAAAGACCUGAUCUUCACUGCUACAGAUUAUGUUUGUAUAGGUGGUAGGACUCCAGGUGGCUCCACCACCACCUUUCUACAAGUGCUGCUCUGGAACAGGAGCACAAUGUAACUGGUCAUUCCUUACAGAAGACAUGAAAUGUACUGCAGAUUCUGCAUUAAAGUGUCUCAGGCUAUAUUUA